AUGGUGUCUGGCGAUACCCAUCUAUCACCUUCAUCAUGCAACACCUCUGUGGAAGUCAUCUAUAACGAUGCUCUUGCGUUUUCAAUCUAUGUUUACACAGAUGUUUUCAUAUUCUAA